AUGGCACACCGCUUUUCGUCAAGUACAUCACAACCAAAUGCUAAUUUCGGCACUCCAGUUUCUAAUAAUUCACAAUUCAAUCGUCAACCUUCAAUCUUAUCUUAUCAUGUUAAAGAGACCCAUGUUUCCAUUAUCGAUCCUAUUCAUGAUAAUAUAUCAACAAAUGAACAAAGAAAGGAAAUCAGAUCAGUAUUAAAAACUCCAAUUAUCUACAAUGAUGAUUUCAUUCCUAUCGAUGAUUUUUCUAAUGGUUUUACAUAUGAAUCACAUUUAGGUCGAUUUUGUAACAAUGUUAUUGUUGUAUCAGCAAGACAUCCACAUAGUUUCUUCUUACAAACAAUCGAAGAUCUUACAUAUAGUGAUAAUUUUUUUUCAAAAAUGAAUGAAUUUUAUAAUCGUUGUUUUGAUGCUCAACGUCUUGUAAUAUCAAAAGCAGCUUUACGUAUUAAUUUAUGUUGUGUAACACGAGAUGAAACUGAAACUGAUGUUUGGAAUCGUGCACAAUUACUUGAAUAUCAUCCUGAAACAGAUCAAUGUAGUUUACUUCUUGUUGAUUUAGGUACAUGGCAAGAAUGUGUACCACGUUCAAAUCUACGUCAUAUACUUGUACCAUUUCGUCAAGAAUGUGUUCGUAGUGUACCAUGUCGAUUAGCUGGUAUAGCACCAGCUAAACCAGAAAAAAAUGGCUUAUGGAAUGAAUGUAACAUUACAGAUGCCAUCAAAACGUUUCGAAAUGUCAUUGAUAAUGUUCCAACAGAAGUUGAAGUACUUGAUCGUUCAUCAAAUGGUUCAUAUUUUGUAAAUUUAUUCGUUACAACACAUGAUACAUUUGUAUGUGUUAAUGAUUUUUUACUUUAUCAUAAAAUUGCUAUACCUAUUGAUGAUUGUAAAAUACUUAAACCAGAAGAAUUAGAUCCGAUAACUCAUGAACCAUUAUUAGCCAUUAUUUACGAAUUUAAUCUUCAGGGGGAACUUUUAGCUGAAGAAAUAAAAGCAAAUCAAUUAAAACAAAAAGAAGAACAACGAAAAAAAUAUGAAGAACAACAACAAUAUCAAUCAAAUUGUCGUUUACCAUGUAUACGUAUAAUUGAUAUACCAUUAUCAUCAUCGAAAAAAUUAAUUUUUGCUCGAUAUAAUCAUUGGAUAAUGAUGCCAUGGUUUUCUAUUAGUACUCUAUUUGAUCCAUCAUUAUCUGAAAAUACUAUUGAACGAUUUGCAUUACUUUAUAAAUUUUCACCUGUUAUUAUAACACCAUUAACUAAUGCUGUACUUUGUGCUAAUUUAGAAAAAUAUAUGACAUUAAUGAAUGAUCAUAGAAAAAAAAAUUUUCAUGGACAUGAAAUAAAAAUUGCUUUAUAUAGUAUUGAUUGUGUUCGAAAAUUAUUGUUAAAUCAUCAUUGUAAUAAUGAAUUUAUAUUUGAACGACUUGAUGAAGCUCGUGAAGCUGAAAUGAAAGAUGAUCAAGAUUUUUGGGAAAUACCACAACAAAAUCAUUCAUUAAUUGAAAAAAAGAAAUUCAUUGAAGAAAGUAAACAAUCACAAAUUGCUUUACUCAAAUCUCAUAAAAACCAAUUGGAACAUCAUCUUGAACAAAUAUCAUCAUCGAAUUCUAAUUACAAAUCAAUACAACGUCAACUUAUUGAUACAAUGGAAAAAUUAAGUGUAUUUAGUAGUGAUAGUAACAGUUCAUUUUGA